UCCUGACCAAAACCAGUUUCUUUAUUUUCUUUUUAAUUUUCUUUUCCUUCGUUGUAUCUUGGGUAAAGAUUCGUAGCCAUGUCGUUCAGAGGAGGGGCAAAUGCAUCUUCUGGCAUGGGAGUUGCUGAUUACAGUAAAAACACAUUUAUGGAACUGAAAAGGAAGAAGGUGCAUCGUUAUGUAAUUUUUAAGAUUGAUGAAAAGAAGAAGGAAGUUGUGGUUGAGAAGACUGGAGGUCCAGCUGAGAGCUAUGAUGACUUCACAGCAGCACUGCCGGAGAAUGACUGCCGAUAUGCAGUUUAUGACUUUGAUUUUGUCACCUCUGAGAAUUGCCAAAAGAGCAAGAUCUUUUUCAUUGCAUGGUCACCUUCCAUUUCACGGAUCCGGUCCAAGAUGUUGUAUGCCACUUCCAAGGACAGGUUCAGGCGGGAGCUUGAUGGCAUCCACUACGAGAUUCAGGCGACUGACCCUACCGAGAUGGAUCUAGAAGUGAUCAGAGACCGUGCAAACUGAGCAAUACCUGUGGUUCAAAGGAUUUUGCAUCAAGCACCUAAUAUGUUUUUGCUGGUAAAGGAAAAGGGCUUCCCUGCUUUAAUUAUCUGUUUCUGAUGCAAGAGACAUCUUUAUCUUUAAAUAAACUAGAACCUGGGAAGAGGGGAAGCCCUUGUCUAGAUAUUAAGCACUGGGAACUCUUGGUAUAUAAUGAAAAUGGAUUU